AUGGCACCCCCCUUCUCCCUCCACUUCAUCGCCAACCCCAACGCCCCGCCCACAACCCUCGUCAACCAAGAAUCCAACGGCCUAACCAUCAAAAGCCAGCACGGCCAACGCCUCUGGGACCUCUCCCAGUCGCACCUGACCACCCUCCCCCCCACCGGCGCCACCCUCCUCCUCCGCAUCGGCAACAGCGCCUCGGGCCGCGACCACGGCCGCACAUACUGCACCGUGCGCGUCCCCGCCCAGGAGCGAAAGUACCUCUACAAGUUCUGGCUCGGCAUCGGCGAGUGGGUUGUUGCGCCCGCCGGGCCCCCGCCGCACCAUGGCCGCGCCGCUGCCGCAUUCUUGCCGCAGUGCCCCACAGACGGGUUUUAUGGGAGACGGCUGGCGCCGGUGAGUGAGGGCGUGUUCUGGGGGCUGGAUGGCCUCCUGGGCUGCGGCUGGCAGAAGGAUCAUGCGAGGGUGUGUGGGAAGAGGCAUUGGGAUGUGUGUAUUAGUGUUGUCCCUGCGGAGGCGGGGGGCUCGCAGGACCCGCUGGUGGGGCUGAAGGCGGGGGAGAAGGGGUUCACGUGUGUGAGGGUGUGUGAGGAUGCGAAGGUGGAGGCGCUGUUUCAGAACUUGAUUGGGUUUGAGAGGAGCACGCGGUGGGAGAGUCUGGCGCACUGUCUGACGGAGGUGGUGAGGCCGUGUGGGCCGCUGGGGGAGGUGAGGCUGGGCAGGAGGCUCUCGUUCGAGUAUGUGAGGGAUAAUGAGACGAGGAUGGAUCAGACGGGGUGGUUUGAGGGGAAGGAGUGUGUGGCGUUGGUGUCGAGCAUGAGUAUGCAGUUGAACUUGAAGGCGAGGAAUGCCUUUCUGUUUGAUUGA